AGCCUGUACGAACGUUUGACAAAGAACACGAAGGCAAUCUUAUUAACAGAAAAAGAAUAGACUCAUUAGAUAAGAUACUCGCGCGCCACAUAUACCUGCUUGUUGACACUGCUCGUAGCUGUUAUCGACUAGAUAAGAUUUCUGCGUCUUUGUCGUACCUGAGGUAUCAGUCGAACGUGCGAAUUCAUGCGGUACACCUUCGUGCGGUCGUACUUGAAAAAAAAAAAAAAAAAGAUCUAUGUCUCUUUACUCCGAGAUUGUACGAGCGAAGAGCGCGUAAUCUUCCUUGACAUCCUUAGUGGGCCCUCCGGCGCAGGAUUCUCAGUUUAGCUUAAAAGAUUUCCCACGUCAACCUGAAGGGUGUUAAAAGAAUUUGUUUUGGACAUGCUUUGGACGAAGAUAACAUGAGGUUCUCAUGCUUCCCGAGGGCCAACAUCCUCGGGCAGAGGGGUAGCAUCAAUCUCACCCCUCUGCCGGGCUACGAGGACUCCAGCUUCACUAUAGGCGUCGUACGUCUUAUUAACAUACGUCCGUUACCUGGUACCAUUCCUCCGAUAAAUGUAAAUGGCACUAUUCCAUCAUCCUCCGAAUCAUCCACAUCAGAAAAGAAAAUCAUACCAUCGCCGUCUGAGUCCAAUCAUGUCAAUCAUCUUUCAACACAUCAAGAAGAGUCCGGAUUAGAUGAUACGGCUGCUGUGAACAAUGGAGAACAGCACGUGAAUAAUCCAAGAGGUGGCGUCAUCGGAAGAACGCCAACGCCACCCUCGGCACCGACACCCGUAUACGAGAAAGAUGCCAGGAGUGCCAGGCAAAUUACAAAGGCCAUUUUGGAGAAUGAAUUUCUGGGUAAUCUUGAAGAAAAUCAGGUGGAGGCACUCGUUUCUGCUAUGUAUCCAAAACAAAUUCCCGCUAAUACUCUAGUAAUCCGAGAGGGCGAUAUAGGCUCGCACUUGUACGUGUCGGCGGAAGGAGAUUUCGACAUUUACGAGGGGAACAAAUUCCAACGAAGUUUCGGACCAGGAGUUGCGUUUGGAGAAAUUGCUUUAUUAUAUAACACGAAAAGACUUCGAUCUAUUAGCGUAAAGAAAGCUGGAAAAGUAUGGGUACUCGACAGAUCAGUAUUUCUAACUAUAAUGAUGAGAACAGCUCAAGAACAAUUGGAGGGCAACAUCCGUUUCCUCCAACGUGUUUCCGUUCUUCAAAAACUUCCGGAACCUAAAGACCAUGUGCUCGCGAAGAUAUCCGACCUCAUAAGAGUAGAAUUUUUCCCGGCUGGAGCGAAAAUACUACGACAGGGCGAGAAGGGUGAGAAAUUCUAUAUAAUCAGCGGCGGCAACGUACGGAUCACCAAAGACACCGAAUACGGAGGCGAGGAGGAACUGGUAGUUCUCGGUAAAGGAGAUUAUUUCGGCGAAUUGGCUCUCUACGAUGACGAGGGUGAACGACGUGCCAACGCGAUCGCGCUUGCACCUGGAGUCGAAUGCUUGACUCUGGACAGAACGUCAUUCCUGAACUAUCUGGGCAGUCUGGAUGAGAUUCGUAACAAGGACUGGUUAGCUGAGUACGAAAAGCAAAAGCGUUCGUUGACUCCGAAGAAGUGGACUAACGAGUAUGCAAAUUUAACCUUGAGCGACCUUGAAACGAGGGGAACAUUAGGAGUUGGUGGAUUCGGCCGUGUCGAAUUGGUCACGCUCAGAUCCGACUCGAAUAAAAGCUUCGCUCUGAAGAAACUCAAGAAGAAGGUCAUGGUCGAGCAACAACAGCAAGAACACGUGCUGAAUGAGAAACAUAUUAUGCAAGCAUGCGAUUCUCCUUUUAUAUGCAAGCUUUAUCAAACUUACAAGGAUAGCAAGUACGUCUAUUUUCUCAUGGAAGUAUGUCUGGGUGGAGAUGUUUGGACGACCCUUCAAAGGAGACGUCUUUUCGAUGACGCCACUACACAAUUUAUGGUCGGCUGUGUAGUAGAAGCCCUCGAUCAUCUUCAUUCACUAAACAUUGUUUAUCGAGAUCUCAAACCAGAGAAUCUUAUGCUUGACACACGUGGCUAUUUGAAGUUGGUGGACUUUGGUUUUAGUAAGAAAAUUGGUCCGGCUAAAACGUGGACGUUUGCAGGUACGCCAGAGUAUGUUGCGCCGGAAAUUAUUUUAAAUAAAGGCCAUGACAGAGCGGUGGAUUAUUGGGCUCUCGGCAUCCUAACUCAUGAGCUUCUCGUUGGUAAGCCGCCUUUCCGAGGAUCCGAUCAUAUGACGACUUAUAACAAUAUUCUCAAGGGAAUCGAAAUGGUUAGUAUACCAAACAUCGUCAACAAAAACGCUAAUAAUCUCAUCAAGAAACUACUUCGUUUGAACGCUUCCGAACGAUUGGGUUACCAGCGAAACGGGAUACAGGAUAUUCGCGAUCACAAAUGGUUUUCCGGAUUUAACUGGCAAGCACUUCAAAGAUUGGCUUUACCGGCUCCCAUUGUACCAACGGUACGACAUCAACUCGAUACACGAAACUUUGAAAGGUAUCCAUCUGACCGCGAUAUUCCACCAGAUGAAUUUUCUGGCUGGGACAUGGAAUUCUGAAAAUGAAUAUAACACAGAUACAUAC